UGAUGUUUCAUAACGGAGUCGUAGAUUAAAAAGGAUUGAUUUGUUUUACCACUCGUCCAAGUAAAGGCCACACAGACACAAAACUCUAUUUCAUUUUCUGUACCGCUAUAUAGCAAUGAAUCUAGAAACAAUUAGAAAAUAUCUUUUUCCUCCUUCGGAAUCUGCGGCUGAGUCUAAGAUGGAAGAGCAGUCUUUCAAUAUUGAUAAACUUAAGUCGUUUAUUAAAGAAAUAUUUUCAAGAAGAGUCCAAAAUGAUCGCGUAACAGCACAACAACAGUUUGCUUACAAAUGUGCAGAUUUUCUUAAUAACAAAAUAAUACAAAAUGGCAGCGAUGGAUUAAUUCGAUGGGAUUAUUCGGGCAAACACGUUUGCGUUGCAACCGUCAAUGAAUAUUCAUUAAAAUGCAAAAUGUCCAGAACAGGUGAAGUAAAAACGAAGUUAACGGUUACGUUUGUGGAGCAGUCUAGUCUUGCUGAAAAUGGAAACGAACAACGUAUUGCUCUUCUUCUAAAUAACAUCGGAUCAGAGGCACCGGCAUCAGACUGGACGAAGCUCCUACAAAAUUGGACAAAGUUUACCAAUUCAUUUCGAAAACAAGGAUUUUCAAACCUGAAGUUGAUAUUUUGUGCUCAGAAUGGUGAACGUGUGAAGAUUCAGUGCGAGAGUGUAAAAAACACAAUUAUUGUUUUUUUGAACACAAAUCAAUACGAGGAAAUCUUGUUUCGAGUGGAUGAGAUCAACAAACGCACUCUAGGACGACUGAUAAUCACACUGUGCGGUAACGAAGGCGUCAGACAAACUACUGAACAGGCUGGACUUAGAAGACUUCUGCAAGCAUUCAUCACCAAAAUAGAAGGUGAAGAAAUGAAACAAUUCAACGACGUUAAAUUAUCUCUUUAUGGUCAGGACAAUCUAUCCUUUCAUAUCCAAGCUGGGAAGUCACUUAACCCAAAGCAAAUUGUUGGAUAUGCCGAUUCUAAAGGAGAAUUCCUCAUAAAUGAAAGGGAAUCAGACUAUUGCAUUAUCUCAUAAUUUUUUUCCGUGCCUCCUCUACUACAUUUUCAUUUCAUUUCAUUUAUUUCGUCUAACAGAUAACAAAACAUACAGAAAUAACAAUACCAAAAAUCAGAGACAGGAUAAACAAAAACCAAACUAAAUUGCUGUAUAAAGUUUCUCCACUGAUUUAAGGAUACAUAAAAUAAAUAAAUAAAUAAAUCUCUGUUCCCUGGAAGUAAAAACGAUUAAAAUCGGCCAAGGCAAAUAGAAAAAGUAAAGAAAAAGUAGAAAGAAAAAAAAUCGCAACACAACGCAGAGCAAAACAGCACAGCGCAGCACGCAAGAAACAAUAUACUGUUACUCUCAUGGAGCCACUAGGAAAAUAAAAACACUUGGAUAUUACCAGAAACUCCGUGAGAAUAACAAUAAAUGAUGCAAAGAGUGACAGCGAAAUAAGUAUCAGCGACCUCAGUAGCGCAGAAAAAAGAGCAAUUUAAAAUUAUUUAAAAUAAAUAACCUAACAGAGAAACAUUGAACAAAUAUUGUAUUAUUGGUAAUAGUAUAAUUCUAAUAUAAAUUUCAAAUCUUAUGAUUUCUUGUUAAUUUUCGUGGUGGACGCGUCACCGACAGACAUUUGGCCUAUAGACUCUCGACCGUAUGCCUAUACCGUAAAACAUCGAAUUGAAGCUUUGUUUGUUUUUUUUUUGUUUUUUUUUUGUUUUUCUUGUGAACUUUGGAUGGGUUUACUUUUUCGAUAUGGGCUUCAUUUCGAGGCUACUUUUGCAAAGUACCGAGGUGGGUAAUAGUGGGCUUCUUUUCAAAAUGAAUGCUGUAAAUUUUGUGAAUUCGUUCUAUAAAGCAAUA